AUUUUUGCUUUUUAAAUAGGAAAGAAAUAUAAAUAGGAAAAAAAUUAAAUAAAAAAAUAAAAAAAGCGAAAACAAUAAAAAGUUGCUCUCCGUCUCGUCUCCUCUCCUCUCUGUCGCUGGAGUUUUCAUUUUUCUUUUUGACUUUCUUUGGUUGUGUUGUUGUUCUUUACUUUAAUAUAGGUGGAAGAUAAACACGAGUGAGUAAGAGACGGUCCAAAUCCGAAGAUAGAAUAGAACUACGAUAAAGAGAGAUGGAUUUGGAUCAGUGGAUUGUCAAGGUGAAGGAAGGGCAGCAUCUGUUAGAGGACGAGCUUCAACUUCUCUGCGAAUAUGUAAAAGAGAUCCUCAUCGAGGAGUCCAAUGUGCAGCCAGUUAACAGUCCAGUGACUGUUUGUGGCGAUAUUCAUGGACAGUUUCAUGAUUUAAUGAAACUUUUCCAGACUGGAGGCCACGUUCCUGAGACAAAUUACAUAUUUAUGGGAGAUUUCGUGGAUCGAGGUUACAAUAGUCUUGAAGUUUUCACUAUUCUUUUGCUUCUCAAAGCAAGAUAUCCAGCUAAUAUCACACUUUUGCGUGGAAAUCAUGAGAGUAGGCAACUAACUCAGGUAUAUGGUUUCUAUGAUGAGUGCCAAAGGAAGUAUGGAAAUGCCAAUGCAUGGCGAUAUUGUACUGAUGUCUUUGAUUAUCUAACACUCUCAGCAAUCAUUGAUGGCACUGUGCUUUGUGUCCAUGGUGGUCUUUCUCCUGACAUCCGAACAAUCGAUCAGAUAAGAGUAAUCGAACGCAAUUGUGAAAUUCCACAUGAAGGGCCAUUCUGUGAUCUAAUGUGGAGUGAUCCUGAAGAUAUUGAAACAUGGGCAGUCAGUCCCCGAGGAGCAGGUUGGCUAUUUGGAUCCAGGGUGACUUCUGAGUUCAACCACAUUAACAAUCUUGAUCUGGUUUGCCGAGCACACCAACUGGUACAAGAAGGUCUUAAGUACAUGUUUCAAGACAAAGGCUUAGUAACUGUCUGGUCUGCACCAAAUUACUGUUAUCGUUGCGGGAAUGUAGCUUCGAUAUUGAGCUUCAAUGAGAACAUGGAAAGAGAAGUGAAAUUUUUCACUGAAACAGAGGAGAACAACCAGAUGAGAGGACCUAGGACUGGAGUUCCUUAUUUCUUAUGAUGAAGGAGUCCUUGGGUGCAUUUCUUGUAAAAUUUGCUGAAGCAUUGUGACCGCAUAUUGUGGGAGAGUUGUAAUGGGGAGGUCAGGAGAAAUACGACCUUAUUACAUGCUUUGCAGGCAGACCGCGCAUUUGCUUGAGUGGACAUUUUCUACACUCUGGGCUACUUUCAAGAUUUGUGGCUUGUGUAUUAGGCCUCCUAAUUGUUUACAUUGUUUUUUAUUAGAUGACAGCUCUUUUUUUUCCCCCCUUCCUAAGUGCACUCAAAGUUCUUUAUCGUACCCAAUGCCUUGGAAUUCAGUGUGUAUUAGUCUUUAUAUUACUUCAUUAAUUCUCAGAUGCAGUUGAUUUCAUUCCAA